AUGCCUCCUUUGGGCCCGUAUGGGGACACUGAGGGCAGACCCACUGCGGGCUCCCGUAGUGGCCCAGGUGGGACCCACACUAAACAGGGGCCCAUUGUGGCCCUGUGGGACACCAAGAGCCCCUAUGGCUGGCUGAUUCUUACAGGCUGUUUUCAUGCUGACUGGUUGAACCAGCUUCUGGGCAAAAUGUCGAUCAUCUCUGUGCUCCUGCUGCAGUUGCUGCUCCUCUCUCCUCCCGUGUCCUCCUCUCCCCUCGCCAAGGAUGAGUCAGUGUGUGCCAGGACUUUCUGCGGUGCAGGUAGAGAGUGUGUAUCGACUGACAGAGGAGAGCCCGUCUGUCGCUGUUUACAGCAAUGUGAAGUCUCCGAGCACUGGGUGUGUGGCAGUAACAGCAAAUCCUACAGGAGUCACUGUGAGCUGCACAGAGACGCCUGCAUCACCCACACUAAGAUACACGUGGAGCACAGAGGACACUGUCUGGAGAAACCAACAAAGGCAGGUGUGAGCCCGAUCGUGUGUUUCCUGUCCGAUCGAGACUGGAUGAGAGAGAGAGUGAUCCAGUGGAUUCAGAAAGAAGCUCAGUCUGACCAUCGGGCCUCAAACACAUCAGCCAGUGACCGCCUUCAGAUGUAUUUUCAGGCGUAUGAUAAUGGGGAUUCGCAGCUUGAUUCUAAUGAGUUUCUGCUAUUCCUGAAACAUAAUGAGACGGCACUCAACAUCACAUACUCAGAAACUCUGGAGACUAACCUGCUGCUGAGAUCUCUGUGUGUUGAUGCUUUGAUAGAGCUGUCGGAUGAAAAUGCCGACUGGAAGCUGAGUUUGACUGAGUUCAUCAACUGUCUCACACCCACCUACCACCCACCUGAAAGAAAGUGCGCUCUGGAAGAUGAGGUCUUUGAAGAUGGAGCUGAAACUCAGAUGGAGUGCAACAAGUGCGUGUGCGCCUGUGGAAAUUGGGUGUGCACCUCUCUGACUUGCAAGGGGCAGCGUCAGGUAGAGGAGGACACUCGUGGAGGAGGAGAGGAGGAAGAAAUGAGCGAAGAGGAGUGGAGCAGGAGGGUGGCUGAACUCAGUGCUUUACAGGUUGACAGUCCCUACUGAAACAAUUUUUAAUCCUUAAACUUUAAAUCAUUACUCAAAGAGAGGAAUUAUCCCAACACAAAUGUGACACAGAUUUUGGGCACAGUGACAGAAAUCCAUUUUAUUUAAUCUAAAUAAAUACAUGCAAUAAACUGCUGAAUAAGGAAACAACAGUAUUCCACUUCCAGAUUUUCAAAUAAAAAAUAUUUAAUAUAUACUUAGUAGGUACUAGGGGAAACACAGCACAACUGCAUGUCUUUGGACUGUGGGAGGAAGACAAAGUACCCCCACGCAAACACAGGAAGAACAUGCAAACUCCACACGGGAAGACACUGCCCAAGGUGGAAUUGAACCGAGGACCUUUUUGCUGUAAGGCAGCAGUGCUAACCACCAUGCCACUGUACACAUUACAGAUUUUUGGGGAUUUUCUGGCUUCUGAAGAAUUUUUGACAGAAAAAUCUGAAAAUCAACAAUUUUUUUUUUGCCUUUUUCUUUUUUCUUUUAAUAGAUAAAUGUGUCCAAACUUUCAGUUUCCAUCAUUAUUAAAGAAAAAGUAUUUAUAAAAACUAAUUUCCGGAAGAAAUUUAAAAAUCCUGAGUGAAUGGUCCCUCAGGGUUUAUUAACGAGAUACUACUUUAAGUAUUCUGGUAGUGAAUUUAAGACUGCUGUUUUUUUAUACCAUUGUUUCUCUAAUAAAUAUUAUUCUGAAAA